CAUCCUCAUGUGAUGCCGCUCGUCGAGUAGAUCGGGCGCCUGCUGAAGCACAGUCAGUCAGUUCUGCUCGAGCAAUGACGACUACCAUGACGGCCAUCUGGCUGCCGGCCAGCACGCGAGAAGCGGGUGCUGCUGUUGUGGCGGUGCGCAAAAAAAACACAGCCUCUGCAGAUUUCUACACGCAACUGUCGAUCCUCUUCGGAGUCGCCUACGAUGCGCGCUCGUGCCCCCAUUUCUACGCAGCCUGUACACUAAAUCUGAUUUUUGCGCGAGAUUCGCCUGCUUGUCCUUGUCGCCGCAUCGCCUGUUCCGACGCCCCGCUACCGGUAGUCCCCUUCGCUACCCUCUCCGUCAACCAUUUCCCUUCAACCCCAACCUGCACGCUGCUCGUCGUCGUUUCAAUCCUCGACCUCCCCUUCUCUUCCCUCGUCACUGGCCCAGCUCAGGAAAUGGCUCCCCCCACAUCCAGACACCCACCGCCCAUGAUUGCGCAACUCUCCGGCUUCCUACCAAGGCCCUGCCCCUAG